GAAGAGGAGCUCGCCCUCCUCAUUGGCUCCCUCGACAGGAAUGUCGUGCUUCCUCGCGUUGCGGCUGUCCUCCUUCUUCCUCGCUGUGCUCCUGCUUCUGGUCUUAUCGCUUUCGCGCCGGAGUAAUUUUUAUGCCCUAAAAGCGCGUGUUUUCUGAUCCAUCUCGUUCCUCUGCUGGUUCGUUGAUUCCAUUCUGUAAAUCUCUGCGUGUAUUUUGUUGGCGAGAUCUUUCCUCUUGCUGCGGCGAUCUCCUGGUUCUUUUUUUUUUUUCUCUCCAUUGGAUCCAAAAAAAAAAAAAAUCACUCCUUUUGCCCUUUAUACCCACUUUUACCUAGUUACCUUUUGAAGAGGGAAAAUACCGGUAGUUUCUCGGUCCUUUUCGCAGUUUCUCAUUUGUGAUUUUUGCAUCCGGAAGAAUCAUGGCGUGGAAAAUAUCUGAGGUGGGAGAAUCAGAGGCCGCGAUGCGGAAUUUCGGGUAAAAGGCUCAGAUUUGCUCCGCCUACGUAGGAUCAUUAUCGGAUUCCGGCGAUCUUCGUUGUGAACGUCUUCUACUCUUUUAGUUUGCCGUUUGCAGACUUGCAAUUGACCGACGGAGGGAAAUCGUGAUUUUGGUGAUUGUCCAUUUGCCGGAAAAAGGUUGUUUUUGCUAGAUUCGGUAUUUGACUAGCUGUUCUUUUUGUUUAAAGUGGUGGCUUGCAUUUUGGAUUUUGCUCUUGAGACAUGUGAUAGGCUCUUCUGGAGAUCUCGUGAUUGUUUCUUCGGGCAUCGUUGGCUUCAGACUAUUAGGAGCACGUGGUUCGUUCAAGGUUUCAGAAUUUUUUUUUGGCUCCCUUCAGUGCAAAAAGCGAUUCUUUUGAUCUAAGUGCAUCAGUAAUUACGAUCGCCCGAUUGUAAUGCGGAGGAUUAGGAAAUUUCUUAUGGGCUGCGUUUCAUCAAAAGGAUUCAAGGGAGAUGAUGUCCCGGAGUUUCAGAGGCCUAAAGCUUCACGAAGGACCCUGAGUAGGUUGCUUUCUUCAACAACUGAGGACUCUUUGAAUAGGUUGGUUUCUUCUUCAAGGAGGGAUGAAGUCGACGUGAUAGAUGUCGAUGCUACUGUUGCCACUAAUGGGAGCACUGCACAGCUUAUAUCAAUGUCGCAAGAGAAUGUAGCCAUUUCUUCUGCCCCCUUGGUUGGCUCUGGAGAGAGGAAGGUGUUGCCUGUUGUCGAGAAGAAUGGUAGAGUCCUGAACCCCUCGGUGGAUGAUGGAGAAAGAAAGGUAUCCCCUACGGUUAGCACUUCCAAGGGUGUUGGGCUGCAAAGACAGGCUGCACUCGAUGCUCAGGCGAGUAUGGCAGAGCCAUCUUCAGCAGUCGCCAGUUCUAAGACAGUGGAUGAAUACAAAACAGUGAUCUCUCAUGUAUCAAAUGGGUUCAAGUUCGAGCAUGCUGCAGCUGGUUGGCCUUCUUGGCUCACAGCAGCUGCUGGUGAUGCAGUGAAAGGCUGGCUUCCUCGAAGGGCAGAUUCCUUUGAGAAGUUAAACAAGAUUGGGCAAGGGACUUAUAGCACUGUGUACAAAGCUUGUGAUCUCGAAACUGGCAAAACUGUCGCACUUAAAAAAGUUCGUUUUGCUAAUAUGGAUCCAGAAAGUGUACGGUUCAUGGCAAGGGAAAUACACAUUCUACGUAAACUUGAUCACCCAAAUGUUGUGAAGCUUGAAGCUUUAAUUACCUCGAAAAUAUCUUCUAGCUUGUAUCUUGUUUUUGAAUAUAUGGAGCAUGAUCUUGCAGGACUUCUAGGGACGCCUGGCAUCAAGUUUACUGAACCCCAGGCCAAGUGCUAUAUGCAGCAGCUACUUUGUGGUCUUGAACAUUGCCAUAAUCAUGGUGUGUUGCAUCGUGACAUCAAAGGUUCAAAUCUUUUGAUUGACAACAAUGGGAUCUUAAAAAUAGCAGAUUUUGGACUGGCUACAUUUUAUAAUCCUGGCCAGAAGCAGCACUUGACUAGUCGAGUAGUAACAUUGUGGUAUCGUCCUCCUGAGCUCUUACUGGGUGCCACAGAAUAUGGUGUUGCUGUUGAUAUGUGGAGUGCUGGUUGUAUUCUUGCAGAAUUGCUUUCUGGGAGACCUAUUAUGCCAGGAAGAACCGAGGUGGAACAAUUGCACAAGAUAUUCAAGUUAUGUGGCUCACCUGCGGAAGAAUUUUGGAGAACAUCAAAGUUGCCCCAUGCUACAUCAUUUAAACCCCAACAACCCUAUCCACGUUGCAUUCAGGAGACAUUUAAGGAUUUUCCUCCUCCAGCUUUAGCGCUUCUUGAUUGUCUACUUUCAAUAGAUCCAUUAUUUCGUGGGACAGCAAUUUCUGCCCUUAAGAGCGAUUUCUUCAGUACAAAGCCUUUUGCUUGUGACCCUUCAAGUUUGCCCAAGUAUCCUCCAAGCAAGGAAUACGAUGCUAAACUUCGGAAUGAGGAAGCGAGAAGCAGGCAGAGAGAAGCAGCCAUCAAAGAGUAUGGAAGUCGGAAAGAAAUGCCUUCUCAUGACGGCAACAUUGAGUCACAGAAAUUGCAUGGAAGUCUUAGAACAAGCAGUGAUAAGUACAAACCAAAAGAUGAUGUGCUGUCAGGUUUCCGAAUAGAUCAUCCAAGAGGAACAGCUCAGAAUGGUUUCCCUCAUGGUGGUCUUUUGAUGCACUCUGGUCGUUUAUCUACAACCGAACUGCCCGCUGGCCAAGAAAUAAAAACACAUGCAUCAUACAUUCCCCAGGGUGGGGGGAAUGCUCUCACCACAGGUCUAUUGGUUGCAAGAAGCCAUACUGCGAAGUUGGACCGUAGACAGAGCGCUAGGCACGCACAUUUGCCAGAGAAUCAUCUGGCCUCCAAAUACAGUCAACCUGAAUCCGAUUCAUCUGAGAAGCCAGAAUGGACUCACCACUUGCUGGAUGUCCCUUCAUCUUCUCGUAAGAACGAUGACAAAACUGGAGAAGAGGAACAAACAACUGGUCAUGCCCCUAGGAAGAACCGAAUCCAUUACUCUGGACCUCUGAUGCCUCCAAGAGGAAACAUUGAUGAAAUUCUCAAAGAGCACGAGCGACAAAUCCAGCAGGCUGUACGCAGAGCCCGCCACAACAGAACCAAACCGCGAAAGUAUGGUGAGAGGGCUCAGUUUGAGGCCUUGCUUUAUGCUAGCAGAAAUGGCAAUUAAACUCAUCAAACGUGCACAAAUAGAAUAGAACUAUGCAAACAACAUUCGGUGAAGCACAUCACUUUCCUGGGAUCUACAUAAAAGAUGCAAUCAACUCAUCCACUUCUCUACGAGGAACCGUAAGUUGCGGAACCAAGUUGAUUCUGUGCUUUAGCAUUGGUUUGAUUCUGGAUGCCCAAUGUGUAGGUGAAAUCUACCCAAUGAUAAAUUGUAUAUAUAUAUCACAGGAACUAUUUAUGGCAAAAUUUGGCACCUCUAUUGGUGUUACCCAAGUGUAUUCUGGAUUGGGAAUCAAUUUAUGAAUGAUUUCUACAAAGAGAACCAAAAACAUGCAACAUUA